AUGAUGUUCCACCGGCGGCCUAACGCUGGAGGGGCUCUGGAUGGCGCUGUCGACGCGGCCUCGGAAGGCGGCGACCAGCGAGCGCAGUGUGUGCGCUUUUGCGCCACCAUGUUUCUCGUUCUGUCGACUCUCUUCAUCAUCCGCGUCCAGCAAGAGCGGUACGAACACAGCUCCAAAAACGCCUAUCGCGUGGUCUACAAGUACCCCUGGGAACACGGCAGCUUCUUGAAGGACGAGCACUCGCAGUUGCAGCUGGUGUAUCUCCACCCGGCCUUCUCUGUUCUCCCGACGUUCGUCGAGUCCCUGGACGAUGUGUCGCUCCUUACGCAGCCUCUCGGCAUGAGGCGUCCCGCCUCUGCUGCCUCGCCGCGGUUCUUCCACAGCGCCGCGCCGCCAAACGCUUUCCAGGGAAAUGUCUCCGUUUCCAGCCGUCUCCCGUCGGAAAACCUCGCCUUUCCAGCGGAGACAGUCGCCUCCGAGUGGCUCUCCCGACAGGACUUGGGCUCCAACUGGUUGCUCUUCUUUCGGGCCUCUGCGCCGGAGAGCGCAGGCCCUGACCCCACGGACGCAGCCAAACCGCGCCCCGAAGCCACUCCGUCCGUGUCUCCGGCGUCUGGGCUCCAGGCCCCGGGGACCGGCUCGCCGGGGGGCGACGGGGACGCUGCCUCGCGUGCAUGGGCGGGGAGCCUGUCGACCGGCGCAGGGUCCAUCGUGGGCGUCGUGAUGGAUUCCCGGCUUUUUCGACGCGUGAGGCUUCCCGGAUGCAGCAGCACGAGUGCGGCGAUGUUUGCUGACCACUGCUUCAUCGCGGUCGUCCGUUUUCCACUCCACUUUUGCUUCGACUCUGCGUCCGUCCUGGGAAGCCACGGGGACGCCUCGGGAGGGCUCCCCGCCGCACAACCCUCCUUCCUCGACAUCUCCUGGACCUGCAUGGCUCCGCCAGCAGCCACGGCUGGGGCAGCGGUCGGCGCAGCGCCGCGCGGAGACGCAGGCGAGGACUCAACCAGCCUGCACUGCAUCCACGUCGUCAGCGGCCUGAGUGUUGGGAGCAUCCAGAGAUACAUGGACCGCGUGACUGCAAAUGUGCAGCACUACGCUAGCCUCCGCGCGUCCCCUCUUUCGCCCAGCUCCAGUUCUUCUCUCGCUUCGCACUUCGGGCUCGGCGACCGGGACGAAGCGGGCGGCUCCCGAAAGGCGAGAGAAGGCACGGAGCGGCGAGAUGAAGCAGGGACGCGACGCCCGCGCGCUCUGCGCGACGUCGGCACUGUGGCCUACUUUUGCGGCAACCCUGUUCGGCAACUUCUCGCUCUCGACACAGCCGGCAGUCGUCUGUUCUUCGCGCAGCCUGUUCCCCGAAGACCGUCAGCAACCGGCGAGGGCGAAGACGUGCCGGGACCGACUCGCCGGAUGUCAAGUGCGGACGGACGGGGCGCCGCCGGGGGCGAAGGCUCCGGUUUUCGCGGGGGAGAGCCGGAAGACGUCGCACCUAGACCCGGAGGCGGGGAACGAGCAGGCGACGAGUCCCUCCCUGUGGAGCCCUCUUUGUCUCUUCAUCCAGAGCCUGGUGAGUUGAGCAGGCGACAGGCGGAGCGCCGAGCCGCAGCUGAGGACGCAGCGUCGCCAGUCGGGACGGAGAGAGGCGGAGGGGAUCCCGCGGCUCCUGCGCGUUUCGCCCAACCGGUCGCGCCGUUAGAAAACGCCUUCUCUUCGCUCUGGGGGAUGCAGGGUCGAGACGCUUCGCUGUGCAUCGCCGCGGUGUCCCUCGAGGAGAGCUACCGGGAAGUUACGGAAUGCCGAGAAGUACGGAACCAAGUGGCGAUAGAUCUGGGCGACGGCGCACCUGCCGAAGCCGCCUGGAGAGGAGUCUGGCUGCACUACGACGCGCGCAAUAGCUCUGUUGUCUUGUUCUCCUUUGACCACUGGAGGGCGCAAGACCUCGUCCUCACUUCGAUGCACGCAGACACCAUGCAGCUAAAGUUCAGCCUUCGAUUUCGGGACUUCCAAUCCGGGUGGUUUCUUUCCUCGGAAGAUUCCUCGAGUGGCAAAAUUCUCCUCAUCGGCGAUCGUCCACCCUACAUGGGCACAUUGCAAUCGAUCGAUGUCGAGACAGGCUUUCGAGAACACGCCGAUCUUCAUCGUGCUUCAGCUUUCGCGACUCGCGAAAAGUGA